CGCGUCAGUGCUCAUGGGCCGCCAUUUUGUGUUGGGCCCACUCUUCUAAAGCGGGAGAAAUUUAUUAGCUCGGCGCAGAGCUCACACGGCCGUCUGGAGCGGGACUGAACGGUGCAACCACAGACGCUGAACUUCAAAGUGAAUAUAACGGGAAAAGAAGCUACAAGGACGCAUUGCGUGGCCCAUUGCCAUGGAGGGCGAGGUUGUUUCCAUGGAGGCGGCUCAGGCUGCUGCCCUGGCUUCUGAAGGAAAGGUCCUGCCAGAGGGAGGCGAGGCCAUGAUUCAAGGGGCACAGGGUGAGGUGGCCGGCAACAUGGAAAUGAUGGUGAUGGAUGCUCUCGAUCCAACCCUGCUGCAAAUGAAGACAGAGGUGUUGGAUGGAGGUGGCACAGUGACCGUCACCGGUGGAGACGAGGGUCAGAUCAUCACUCUCCAGGUGGUGAACAUGGAGGAGCAGGCAGGUGCUGCAUUAGGUCUUGGCCAGCUCCAGUUAGUGCAAGUACCGGUUACAACAGCAACUGUGGAGGGGCUCCAGGCCACUUAUGUUGAGGCAUCAACGGCUAACAAGGACGCAGAGCCAGUUAUCUGUCACACCCUUCCCUUGCCUGAGGGCUUCCAGGUGGUUAAAGUGGGCGCCAAUGGUGAAGUGGAGACUGUAGAACAGGAGGAGCUACAGGCUGCCCAUGAGGAGCUCCAAGGGACAAGGGGGGAGGACGAGGAGGAUGAAGAGGCAGCAGAAGUGGAAACAGCUGUACCUCAGCAGGAGGAUCCAGAGUGGACCAAGGACCCAGACUACCAGCCCAUCACCUCCAUCCGUAAAGGGAAGAAAGGAAAGAAGAGUCGCCUGCGCUAUGCGGAUGGAAACCGUGACAUGGAUGUUUCUGUGUACGACUUUGAGGAAGAGCAGCAGGAGGGACUGCUGUCGGAGGUGAAUGCAGAGAAAGUUGUGGGUAACAUGAAGCCCCCAAAGCCCACCAAGAUCAAGAAAAAAGGUGUAAAGAAGACUUUCCAGUGUGAGCUGUGUAGCUACACCUGUCCUAGGCGCUCUAACCUGGACCGACACAUGAAGAGCCACACCGAUGAGAGACCACAUAAAUGUCACUUGUGUGGAAGAGCUUUCAGGACCGUCACAUUGCUGAGAAACCACCUCAAUACACACACAGGCACCCGGCCGCAUAAAUGUACUGAUUGUGACAUGGCAUUUGUGACCAGUGGCGAGUUGGUGCGUCAUCGUCGCUACAAACACACACACGAGAAGCCUUUCAAGUGCUCCAUGUGUGACUAUUCCAGUGUGGAGGUGAGCAAAUUGAAAAGGCACAUCCGCUCUCAUACAGGGGAGCGGCCCUUCCAGUGCAGUCUUUGCAGCUAUGCAAGCAGAGACACAUACAAACUGAAGAGACACAUGAGAACUCACUCUGGUGAGAAGCCAUAUGAGUGCUACAUCUGCCACGCUCGUUUCACACAGAGCGGCACCAUGAAGAUGCACAUUCUCCAGAAACAUACAGAGAAUGUGGCUAAGUACCAUUGCCCACACUGUGACACCGUCAUUGCACGCAAGAGUGACCUUGGUGUUCACUUGCGAAAGCAGCACUCGUUUAUCGAGACGGGGAAGAAAUGUCGUUACUGCGAUGCUGUGUUUCAUGAGCGUUACGCUCUCAUCCAACACCAGAAGACCCACAAAAAUGAGAAACGUUUCAAGUGCGACCAGUGUGACUACUGCUGCAGACAGGAGCGCCACAUGAUCAUGCACAAGCGUACACACACAGGAGAGAAGCCAUUUUCCUGCAGCCAAUGUGACAAAACGUUCAGGCAGAAACAACUUUUGGACAUGCACUUCAAACGCUACCAUGAUCCAAACUUCGUCCCCACUGCCUUUGUCUGCGACAAAUGUAGCAAGACAUUCACUCGCAGGAAUACCAUGCUGCGCCAUUCUGACAACUGCACGGGUGAAGUUGUUGUAGAGGAAAAUGGAACUCCCACACCCAGGAAGAGCCGUCGUGGCAGGAAGAGGAAGAUGCAGUCCAGGAGGGACGAUGACGAUGAUGAUGACACGGAGGCCGACCUGGAUGAGGCAGAGGAGGAGGAUGAACUGCUAACUGAGAUUGAGGUGGAGCAGGCUGCACCGGUGGUCCCUAUCCCAGCCCCAGUGGAGCCACCAGUCAAGAGGAAACGCGGUCGGCCCCCAAAGAACAAAGUUGACACGGCUGCUAUCAUCCGUGUGGAGGACGAGGCCACUGGAGAGGUGGAUGACAUCAUUGUUAAGAAGGUGGUCGGAGCUGAACAAGACGAUGACGGUAACGAGGACAUCGCAGAGCAGGUGGUGGUUGGAGGAGGGAAGUCGUCCGGUCAGAUGGGGGAGCUGUCCCAGGAAGGUGCAGCAGCCGCACCACCUGAGGCCUCUGCUAAUGGAGACCUGACCCCUGAGAUGAUCCUCAGCAUGAUGGACCGGUGAUGGAUGUGAGGGUUGAACCUGCGAACAUCCAGAACCUUGAUUAAAUCUUUAUUUUAAUUCUUUGCAUUUAGGAUAAACACUUGCAUCCUGCACAGGAACAAACAUCACUGUUGUAAUUUAAGAUUUGCUUUUAAAUCAUGUAUUGAUAAAAGACUUGGAUGAGUGGGAAAAAUUUUAAUAAGGAUUUACCUACCAAAUACAGAUUUCCAUACAUUUGAGUUUGGGGUGGCUGUAAUUAACAGCAGUAAUGUUUUUUUCAUGUGUUGCCUUCGGUGUUGGUAGCUUGGUAAUUUGGCGGAAAACAAUUGUGCUUGUUCAUCUACAUUAUAAAAUCUGUUCGGCCUACAUUUCUGCAAAAAAAAAUAUAUUUUUUUUUCUAUUCUGUUUUAUUUGUUAUAUAGCAAUGGGUUAAAGUUGUAGGUCCGAUGAUUGUAGGCCACAAGUAGUGUGUGUGUACUUUAUUACAGGACUUUUAGUACAAUAAAUUCCACUUGUGUUUUUCCACUGAAGAGCUCUGAGUACCUUUCAGUUUGAAAUUGGCAUUUUGGGAUUUUACUCGAGUGCAGCAAUAGCGCAAAAAAAAGGCAACUUUUGGAAGAUGAUACUGCCAGUAAUCGCAGCCACUUUGAGUUGAAAAAUAUUUUGAAUAUUAUUUUUGUUUUCUUCCAUGGUUAGUAAAUCCCUUUUUAAGCAUAUUCUAGUUUUUAAAAGCUCGAUAGACUGCUUAUGCUCCUGUAACACCUGUAGAUGAAUGUGUAUGUACUAAACAUUGUCACUGAUCAGUGCAAAGAACGACCGUUGUUUUGCUUUCUUGUGUAGCCAUUCCAUUUUUGGGUUGAUGUUUUCCUUUUGUACCAUUUUUGGCAAUGCUACGUAGCAGCUUGGAUGACCUUUUAAUAACUGUGUGGCAGAUGGGAACAGAUGUAUGACUGUACAACCAAUUUGGGGGAGAAAAAAAAAAACAAGUGCAUAUGAGGUUGACUAGGUUUCUGAAACUGUAAUAAUGAUGAACUUCUAAAAUAAAUCUGGUUCAGCUGAGCAAUUAACAUGUUGUGGUACAGUUACAAAAAAAAAAAAAGUUUGCUUGAAUCAUUGUUAAAAAAUUGGCUGAGAAACAUCCGAGUGAUAAUACAGACAUGUCGGUGUAUUUUGCUUGCAAAUAUAUUUUAUUAAAUGGAGAACUUUA